AUGACAAUCCAAAGCAACAAGGCUCCCUCGGACAACACUGUCGUCCUCUACCAGGCCCUCAGCAAAUACUCCUCGCUGACGGACGACGACCAGCGCAAAUGGUGGAACCAUACUGGUCCCGUCCUGGAGCGAAUGCUUCGCGAUUCCGGCUACGACAGCCAAAGCCAGUGUCUCUAUCUAUACCUCCUCCAGCAGCACCUGAUUCCCUUCCUGGGGACUUUCCCAACUGAGGGUCAGGAGCACAAGCGAUGGCUGAGCAACCUGACGCCCUACAAGGUGCCGUACGAGUUGAGCUGGAACGUCUCCCACAAAGUCGUCCGCAUCUCCUGGGACCCCGUCUCCCAUCUGGCCGGCACGGAGGCCGACCUGUUCAACAAAAAGGCCAUCCAUGACUGCACCCGCCGUCUGGCCCAGCUGGAUAACUCCAUCGUCCUCGACCGCUAUCAGGCCCUGCACCGCGAGCUAGUCCUCACCGAGCAGGAGGAGCAAACGUUGUUGACUAGCGACUCCCUCCCGGCCGCUGGUCGAGGCCAGCAUAACCUGGCCGUGGACUUCCAGAACGGCGGCAUGAGUCUGAAGGUGUACUUCUACCCGUACAUGAAGUUUCUCGCCACGGGCACCUCCAUCCAGGAGCUUUUCUUCGGAGCCAUCGACAAGCUGCAAAUUUCGGCCAUCGAAGCCCCGUUGCGCAUGCUCCAGUGCUAUUUCAGCGCGUCCCACGAUGACGGCAUGCGCACCGUCGACGACAAGGUCUUCCCCAGUCUCCUGGCCUGCGACCUCUGCGACCCGCGCAAGAGCCGCAUUAAGUUCUACCUUAUCGACAAGUGGGUGAAGUGGGAGCGCAUCGUCGACAUCUGGACGAUUGGUGGCCGACGUGUCAACGACCAGGUUUGCAACGACGGCCUGGCCCUGCUCAAGGAGCUCUGGGACCUGCUGAGCAUCCCCGAGGGCGAUCGCGGCGAUAUCUGGCCCAACCUGGUCCUCGGACAGCCUCCGACGCAUCUGAUGACUACCAUGGCCAACUAUACCCUGUCACCGGCCAGUGACUACCCCGAGCCCCAGGUGUACCUGGUCACGUUUGGUAUGAACGAUAUGGCCGUGAUAAAUGCGCUGACGACGUUCUACGAGCGGGUCGGCUGGACCGACAUGGCGGCGUCAUAUAAAGAUCACGUCCGCUCUUACUAUCCCAACCUAGAUCUCCGAAAAACGAACUGGGUCCACGAGGCCAUUUCGUUCUCGUAUCGGAACUCGAUGCCUUAUCUGAGUGUCUAUUAUUCCCCGUUUUGA